CGUGCGCAUGCUCCGUGCGUCCCGGAGGUCGUCCGUGCCGGUGCUUCCCCACGUGUGGCGUGAACCUGAGGGCAUCAUGUUGUGAGGAGAUGGGAGCCUCGGUGACUCGUGCGAUUCGGAAUUUCAACCUGGAGAACCGGACGGAGCGGGAAAUCAGCAAGAUGAAGCCCUCUUCCGCCCCCAGGCACCCCUCAACCAAGAAGCUCCUCCAAGAGCAGAUAAGCCACAAUCCAGGAAUUAAGGGAGAAAUUGCUAGAAAAGAUGACAGACUGCUGUCAUUGCUAAAAGAUGUGUAUGUUGAUUCCAAAGAUCCUGUGGCUUCUAUGCAGGUAAAAGAUGCUGUAACACCUCAACAACCGAAAGAGUUCAGAUUGCCAAAAGGCCAUCACUUCGAAAUGAUGAAUAUUAAGAACAUUCCUAAAGGCAAAAUUUCCAUUGUGGAAGCAUUGACGCUUCUUAAUAAUCAUAAACUUCAUCCAGAAACUUGGACUGCUGAGAAAAUAGCAGAAGAAUACCAUCUAGAACAAAAAGAUGUAAAUUCUCUUCUCAAAUACUUUGUUACUUUUGAAGUCAAGAUUUUCCCUCCUAAAGACAAAAAAGCAAUACAAUCAAAGUGAAGAAAAUAAUGAAAUUAUUUUCCUGUGUGUAGUCCUCAUCCCUGCCCUGUUUUAUGUUCUCAUUUUUAGCAUAUUAAAUUAUAAAAAUUACUAGCUGUUCAAAUCUUCCGCCUUGUGGGAGCAUGCUGUUUAUUGGGCUCUGCUGAUUUCUUAGGGUUGCUGAUAGAAUUUAUUUUAUUUUAUUUUAUUUUAUACUUUAAUUUGGUUUAGGUACAUAUUUAUAGGUGGUAUCAGCAUAACUAAAUAUAUGUACCUAUUAUAAAUAGAGACAUUAAUGUAUUAUUUCAGGCACAUCUUAUCAUCAGCUUUUAAAUUGGUCAUAUGAAUCCCUCAUUUAACCUUCAGAGUUUUACCUUCCAUUUCAGGUCAUUGGUUCAUGCUCCCUAUAGAAUGGUAAAAGUGACAUUUCUUGACUCUUGACUGACAUUUUGACAGUGAGGUUAAAUAACAGUAUUUUCAAAUAAAGACAUAGGAAACAAUAUAAAAUUAAUAAAAAAUAUGUUUUUAUUCUCCAAGGAGUGCUUCUUUUGAAUAUGGUUUUAUGUAUGAGAUGACUGUCUUUAAAAAUAUAUAAAAAUAAUUCGUGGCAUUUAUAAAAGUAGCUUUGCUCAGAACUGAAUGUAGAAAUGAAAGAAAUAUUUAAAGACUGGUUAAAGUACUAAAUGCUGUAACAUUGGUACUGAAAUGAAGUCUGGUGGUAAAUGAAAUCUGGUGAUGAUAUGUAUAUUUUAUAAUUGAAGUGGUUGAUCGAAGAGAGAAAAAAUUGCAAUAGAAGCAACAGUGUGAGCAUGGGGGAUGAACCUGAGAAAUUGCUACUUUGUCCAUUUACCAAACAUACUGAGCACAUGCGCCACUACUAGUUUCUUGAAUGUGAUUGUAUUAGUUUAGUUCUGUCAUAUUACUGCCUGUAAGAUCUUGGAUAUUAUAACCUCUCUGAGAUUGAAUUUUCUCUAUACAAUGAAUAUAAUGCUACCUACUUUUAAGAGUUACUGUGAAAUUACAGUACUGCAAAAGACUGAACUAAUAGGAAUUAUCUUUUGCAGUUGAGAACAGAGGCCUGCACAGGAUUCAUGAACUAUUUAUUUAAGAUUAUUUUGUAGUUUAUGACAGCCAAGCCCAGAAUUUAGGUUUUCAAAAUACUGCUUGUGUGUGUGUGUUUUUUUUUGUCUGUGCUAGAAAGAAGCAUGUCUCAAAAGAGCAGGAAGUACAGAUUGUAGGAAUAUUAGGGAAUGUGGCGUAAAGAUUCCAGGUUAUUGACUGUCUAUGAGGAAAGCUAGGCUAGGCAUUACUACUUUCCAGGGGUUCCCUUUGAAAUGAUGUGAUAAUGGAAAGAGGCAUUUGAAAUGUUGAGGAUAAUCAAGAUGGGAAAUAGUGAAGCUUGUUUUAAAUGCAGUUUCAUUAUGUGAAUUAACUAUAAUUUAUAUUGGGUUUAAAAGCAGUUUAAAAAUAGUUAAAUUUGAAAACAAUUGGUCUUUGAGAGUAUUGGUCAAUACUUUGAAACUAUUCACUUUUAUCUUAUAAAUGUUAUGGUUUCUGAGCCAUUUUCUCUAGUCAUAACUAUACCAUGGUUAGGCGGCUGUCAUUUCAUGAUGUUACAUGAUCAGAUAAAGUGCUUCCCAUAGCAUUCAUUGGCCUCUUACUGCUUUUUAUCAUACGUAGGAGAGCUCUUGGGCAGUGGUGGUAUGGCGUUUAGAUUCAGAAAACCUGGGUUGAUAUCAGCAUCACCAGCCAUGUGACCUUGGAAGUGUUUUCAACUGUGAAGCAGGUAAUUACUAGCAUCUUAAAAGCAAUUAUUGUACUAGGCAUUGAUUAAGUGCUUUAUGUGUUUGAUUGUUUAAUAUUUCUGCAGGUGUGGGAAUAAGUACUGUUAACCAUAUUCUAAAGGGAAAAUUAAAGCACAGGACUCUUGAGUAAUUUUUCAAAGAUUACUCAGCAAGUAAACCUUAGUAGGUUAUUUUCAGAAUCUUGGGCUCCUCACUGCUGCACUGUGUUGCCUCCGUGAGAUUAUGUGAAUUAAGGGAAGUGGCAUUCAUGGAGUCUGGGACAGACGAGGCCAGGACCGCUCAUUGUACACCAUCAAUGAGAAUCAGCUGUAUUGCUCUGGAAAAGUUUGCAUGGGCCCUCUCUGCUGAGAGACCAGUUUAAUAAGUCUGGGAGAUUUCUUUGGUGUUGGCCUCGGAAUCCAGAUUGUUUUCAAAAUAUUUAAUGACCAAGUAUGGCACCAAACUAUUCAAACUGCUAGCCAUAUGUGCAAGUUGAAUAUCGGCAUUGUUGGGGUUUUUCUAAAGUUUAUUUUGACAGACGAAAGGGAGCAAGAGAUGGAAAAGUGACUGAAGGAGAGAUUUCUGGGGAAUGAAGGAAAGAAACAAUGAAUUUUUGGAGGUGAAAAGAUUUGGGGUGGCAAGAUCAGGACAUGAGGAGGGAGGUUAAUAAUAGGAGGGCAUUAGAACUAGGAUAAAGGGAAUUGAUGUAGGAAAAAAACUGCUCAAUUGGGUGGAUUUGUUUGGGAGACCCAACUUGAUAAGUAGGUUUCUACUUAUUUGAUAAAUAGGGUUACCAUAUAAUUUGCUGCCCAAAUUGGGACAUUUUAGAAAGAGAAAUGGGUACCAAUUAAGUUAGGACAAUAGAGACAAUGGGCAUCAACUGAAAUAUCCUGGACAAGGUAGGAGGUAUAGGCACUAUACAAAAGGCACUAGUCCAGGUUUCAUAAGUCUAAUGGGAUAUAACUGUCUUAGCUCCACCAUGUCAGCAUUUAGCAUCUCACCAAUAACCACAAAAGAAUGACUCCUGUCUGUGCAAGAACUUUGACUAGUGCUUAGUAUGGACAUCCCUUAGUUCUGUGUCUUCAAACAACAAAAUCCCAAGAAAAAGGAGGAUGGAGUCCUGAACAUUUAGUGCUGUUGUGAUGAAGUUUCUCUAUCUUUUUUGGAGGUAUUAAACUGAAAUGGCUCACAGCACCUGAAUUGAGGCCAUUCUUUAAAGACAGCUUGCUUGGUACAAGUCAAAAAUAUGUAAGAAAUGAGCAAAUUUGAAAGAUUAGAGGGUUUGUGCCCCCCAAGCAACCAUUCAUUCAUUGACAGCUGCCUUGCUUUCUUGUCUUGGCAAACACCAAUCCAUAAACUAGUUAGAGAGAAGGAAUGUCUGUCCAUGUAUUUAUCUGGAUAUACCUUUUCUUCUGGUUUAGGAAUAAUAGGAAAUUACUUGCUUGGCAAAGUGAGAUACCAGAAGCAUUUAGAUCUAAAUAAAUACCUAUAAAAAACAAAACUUCACAUUCAGAGAAUUUGAGUCACUGAUUCCAGAACCUUCCUUUGCCAUUGUUAGUACUCCAACAAUAGAAUUAUAUCUUGGGGGUAUGUGUGAAUAGAAGUCUAGAAAAGAAGAACUCACACAGGUGAUAAGAACAGAAUCCUGAACAGAGAUCAAAUUCUGUAGUUUUUAAAUGUACUUAUAUUAUGAAGUUUAUAGUAGGUAACACCAGAUUGUUUCCUCUGCUUCCUGUGAGGAGAAAGGCAACAGGGAAGUCAAAGAUGAAUCAUUUGGGUUUAAGAAUUUAGUCAGAAUUGGGGCCCCCUGGUGGUGCAAGGGUUAAGACGCAACCUAUGAAGCUGUCCACAGCCACUGCAGCAGAAGUUCCUUCCCCAGCCAGGGAGCUACCCAUAUGGCAUGGCAGACCUCUCCUGUCUCGCCUGCUGCUCCCCUCAGCAGUGUAUUUCACUCAUUCUGCCUGUUCUGCUCCCCACUUUCUCUGGUGAAUCCUCUCACCCUCCACACCCCUGGCCUGUACCCCAGUUCUUGUAUGAAUAAAAGAAUUUAGUCAGGAUGACAUAAACCAGUAUCUGUGCACUGAGAAGUAAUCUCUGAGAUACAACAGUGCCACCUGACGAUGGACUCUUGCUAAUGGCUCUAAAGCAAGUAAACUAAGAAAAGGUUUGUGUGUCGGACUGGUUACAGAUAACCAUAUCUGGAAAUAGAGGGGAUUUUUUGGGAUGAAACAUUAUGUAUUUCUAAAAUAAGCCUCAGGUUGUCUUACUCCAAAAAGAUAAGUAUUGAUUAAAUUCAAGACAUACAUGUUUGGUACUGAAAAUUCCAUUUAGAGAAAUGAUAUUUGAGCAAUUUUGGCAUUUUAGUAUGCUGUGUAACACUUACGUAUAAGAAAUGUCAUAGUUAAGAGUUUAAGUGUCUUCCUGAAGCUUAUGGUAAACAUAAUAUAAAUCAUGCAAUAAUUUAAUUGAACUAUAUAAGAAAGAUUAUCACUUUUACUGUAGUAUUAUCUGUAAUUUCCCAUGAUGCUUGUUAAGGAACAGUAUGCUUUUGU